CAUGUGAUAUGGUAAUUUCCUCAAAAGGGCGGAGUUUAAGCCCUGUUAAACGACAUACGCGAACGAAAAUUAUUUCCAUCCAACUCAUUCAAAAAUUAAUGAUCAUGAGCUCGUUUUUGAUGAACUCACAACCGUUUAUGGAGCCAAAAUUUCCACCUUGCGAAGAAUAUGCACAAGCUAGCUACAUUCCAUGCCAUGGCACAAGCUAUUUCUCUCCACAAGCGCAGCAUCAUGACGAGUUCCAUAGCGCUGACACUCAGCACGCGCCGAUAAAUUAUGACCUUAAUACCGGUGGAGCUAGAACAGCCCCUUACACAAAUCACGGUCCUGCUAACUCUGUCUUUCCGGCAUCAUGUUCAAUGUCUCAGAACAGUAUAUCAACACUUGAAAAGCUUACAAAUCUAGGCUCCUCCAUAAAUUGUGUAACGAGCGUACGAGUUCGGAAAAUUAAUGCUACUCCCCACGGACUAGGACAAUCUCCUUAUAGCAGUGAUGCAUCUCCUGAGUCCUCUCCACCACCACCAGAAGAUACUUUACAAACAGCACCAGUUCCUUCUCUACAAGUCCAACCAUUAACCAGUAUUCACAAUAGAGAUUCGUCGGUCAAGAAUUCCUCUUCAAUUCUGAGAAGCGAGUCUCCAGAAUGUGUAAAUUCCCCUGAAGUACAACCGACAAUCUACCCCUGGAUGAAGAAAGUUCAUCUUGGGUCAGCAAAUGGAAGUUGUUUUUCAUCAGGGAUAGAAACUAAGCGCCAGCGGACAGCCUAUACUAGACAUCAGGUUCUGGAGUUAGAGAAAGAGUUCCACUUUAACCGUUAUUUGACACGACGUCGCCGAAUUGAGAUUGCCCAUGCACUCUGCCUUUCAGAGCGUCAGAUUAAAAUUUGGUUUCAGAACCGUCGUAUGAAGUGGAAGAAAGACAACAAGCUACCGAAUACAAAAAAUGUGAGAAAAAUUAGUCGGCAGGUCGAGAACCUUCACCACGGUCUCUCAACAUCGCCCGGUGUUAGACCCACUCUCAGUCCGCUUGCGAGUCACCUUCCUUCGCGGCAAGAUAGACGCACGGUGGAUCCAAUAAAUAUAACAAAUCCCUAAAACAGUGAAAUACUACAUACUGGAUGUAAAAGUCACUAUGGAUUAACAGAGCUUUGACCCAAUCAAUGACAAAGAGUGUGAUCGUUAGAUGUUUGAGUUCUGCAACUAAUUUUGUGGCUCAUUGAUUUACUCUACAACUCACUGGCGUUUGUACGUAAUUAAUAUCCAUAAUCCUUUCUGUCUCAACACUUUGAUUUUGCUACCAGAGACUAUAAGGAGAUUCUACUAAUCUGUGCACUUCGCUGGUAAGUGAAGGUAAUCUUCUAAGAGGGAGUAUCAAAACGACGGAACCAAGAAUCUUAAAAAUGAGAAAAUUAUACUUGAAUAUAAAUACAGUGAGGAAUAUCUUCGCGCUUUUAUAACUUAAUUUAUAAGUUUAUGAAUAUGUUAUUAUUCAAAUGUAAGG